AUUGUACAAGGCGAAUAUGGUGAUCGCGUGAUUCCGCAGAUCGAGAAUUUGAUCAUUGAAGCUUAUGACCCAGUGCUUGUAAUACGCUUUAUUGCGCUGCAAUGCGUUGUUACCGGAGGUCUGAAAAGUGCCACUUUCAACUCGUAUGAGCGCCUUUUUGUCCAAGUACGUUAUUGGGUUUAUUGA